AAAGAUGGCGGCGCAAAAGGACGGGCGUGCCCUAAUCCAAGAUGGUGGCUUCAGCUUCGCCCUCAGCCAAGAUGGCGGACGGCGAGAAGCGGCGCCCAUCGCCGGCGAACGCCUCAACCAACGGCGCCCAGGAGUCGGAGGCCGCCUUCCUGCUGCAGUCCGGCGUGAGCGAGAUGGUCCGGGGAGCCUUGCUGAGACUCCUGGAGGCGCGGCCGGAGGAGCCCGUCGCUUUCCUGGCCGCCUACUUCGAGAGGCUGACGCAGAGCGGGGCUGAAGCCAGGGCGGAUGGCGGAGACCCGCAGCGGCAGCUCCAGUGGCGACUCGAGCGGGCCGUCUGGCUCCUGCGCCUGGCUCCCCUCUCCCACAGCAGAACCGCCUUCAACAAUAACGUCAGCAUGGCCUUCGAUUUCUUGAGUGCCGGCGGGAGGCGGAAGAAGCCCGGGGUCAACGGGAAACUGUACAGCGAGCUGCUGACGAUGUUCUUCCGAGACCGGGGAGCCAGCGAGGACAUCGUCGUGCCGUUGCUUCAGAAGAUAACAUGCCGAGACCACGAGAUGGUGCCGUUCGACAUCUUCCGCUAUGGGGUGCUCUCUUCUCUGGUUCUCCUGGAGUUUUUGGCCAAGGCCAUCACUCUGUACGAGGCCCUGGACGGCGGCUCCGGUGUGGCUGACCAACGGAUCUGUCUGGCUGUUCUCAGCACUCUGGAGGAAGCUCUGCACCCCAGCGAUGUCUCCAGCCCUGUCCGUUACUUGGAGGCCGGGUCCAAGCUUGGGCCAGACUGCUUAGCUUUGGCCAUGGACAAAGCAUUGGCCGAGCGGAAGGCCAGCCUGACCAUGAAGAAAGAGGAGUUUCUCAAGAAAGCGUCAGCCAUUUUUGUUGCCAAAGUAAAACCUGUUGGCUGAAAUGUCAGCUGGGACAAAAUGCUAGCUUGACCAAGAACUGCUUUUAUCUGGGACGGAGAUAGAGGAGUUCUUCCUCUCCUGUUUUCUGGAGUGGGACAGGUUGGAUAUAAAAGGGAAGGAGAGAUGGACAUUUCCCGUGGGCUUAAGCAGUAGAGCGACUUUGUAAACAGUGGGGUGCUGUGUGGUUUCCAGGCUGUAUGGCCGUGUCCUAGCAGCAUUCUCUCCUGACGUUUCAGAUCCUCUGAAGAUGCCAGCCGCAGAUUCAAACGAAACGUCAGGAGAGAAUGCUGCUAGAACACGGCCAGGCAGCCCGGAAACCGCACAGCACCCCAGUGAUUCCGGCCGUGAAAGCCUUCGACAAUACUUUGUAAACAGUGUCAAACCACUGAAGUUCUCUUUUUUUAAAAUAGAAUAUAGAAUUUUUGAAAAAAUCAAUCUGCCACCAAUUACCAUUUCAAAGGCUGCAGCUGUUGAGGUUCUGUUACAUAUGUUACAUACAACUGUUACAUGUGAUCACAUUUUACAAGACAACUGUUAUUAUUUUUUGAGGGCCUCACUCCACUUUUCUGUCUCAGGCACGUGGUGAAAAGCUUCAUUAAUUUGUUUUUAUACAAAACGCCUCGUUUUUCUUCUUGCCGUGCUGGAUAUGUUUGAUGUAGAAAUCGUUAUUUCACUUUUUCUUUUUCAGUCUUUGUCCCUUUGCCUUUUCAGGAAGCAAUUUGGAAUUAACAUCCUUGCGUGCUUUGCUUUUUCCUGCGGCAGAAGUUACAUUGCUGGCUAACAGUGGUGGCAGGACCACCUCGGCAUCCGCUUUUUGAGCGAGCACCAUUUUAUCCAACCACCGUCUUGUUUCCUCUACUUCCCUUUCAACUUUUGUUAUUUGAAAUUGGGUGCUCCCUAAUUGAUGUUUCUUUUGUUGUUGCUCCAUUUCCAAUCAUUCUUCUUCUAUCUGUUCUUUCUCUUUAUAGAGAUUCAUUUUUCUUUUCUCCAGCUGAGCCCUCAAAUUUAAUAGAUCCUCCCUUGUUUGCAUUGUCUUCUCCAUCGGCUCCUCUGGCCCAGCCUGCGUCGACCGUCGCCUCAGGCUGAGGAGAGGCAGCGAAUCUGUCCCAGAGCCUCCCCUCAACUGCCAGCCGUUUCUCCCGCCGUGGGACCCGGGAGACCCCCCAGCUGCGCUGCGACCCUCUCCUCUUCCGCCCAAACCACCGAAGUCCUCUUGACUGUUUCUUAUUGAGUAGAUUUUAUAGUGAAAUGUUGAGCUGGCUGAAGGAUAUUGUGGUUGAUUUGACUACUUCUCCUGGGAAUGUAGUGUUGCAUUUCAAAACACAUAAAUGGUAUAUUUGCCCUGUCACUGGGGGAAAAAAUGCUCUUGAUGGUUAAAAGUCAUUCUUCUGUGGCGCAACCCAUUUUCAGAUGCAUGUUCCUAGUUUAGGAUUGCCAGCACUGCCUUGGCAAACGCUGGGAGGUUCUGAUGUCAGUGCCUGGGGUCAGUAAACUUUGAGAGGAUGCAACAUCACUUUUGGUUGACUGGCUAGGCAUUAUUCUUAAAUCUUUAUGGUAUGGACCAUAGAGAAAUGGAGAAAUUCCUAGAGCAUCACUAUGGAGAGUGUUUCUUCUCUCCUGCUCUUCAGUUUUCUAAAGGUUGAGCCAUUGGGGUCAAAGGUCGAAUUUUACUGGCCAUGAGCAGGGAAAUGGUAAGACUGUUCUAGCUACUAUGCAAUUCUCUAUUUUCCUUGCAGUCUGAGAUGAAACUGAAAACUCAAAUCAGUGCCAUGCUUUGGAGUCCUCUAAUUCAUGUUUUUUUCUUCAGAUUUCUCAGGAGUCCUGGGGACUUUCCUCAGUGAUGUUAAUGUACCGUCACCAUUUCAGAGUUUGUGCUGGCCCUCACAUUUUCAGAGAGGCAGACAUAAGAGAGGUUUUUCUAUUUUUGUUUUGUAAUUUUUUUAAUUGUAUCAUUUGAAUAUUCCAUUUUAGAUUAAUACUCUUCUUCAUUCAUUUUCAAACAAUACAUUUUCCCCUUUUUCCCCUCCCCCC